AUGGUUAAGGGGAUAGCAGUUCUUUUUGAAUAUGAAACACCAAAAUUAGUGCAGAUCUCAAAUAUUAAAAUUGGUGUUACCCAAAGGCUUCUACAACUAGUUAUCCUCAUAUAUGUCGUCUGCUGGGUUAUGAUUUAUGAAAAAGGUUAUCAAGAAAAUGACGUUGCCAAAAGUGCAGUGACAACUAAAGUGAAAGGCAUUGGAUUUACGAACCUUCCACACAUUCCGGGUAUUGGAAGACGCAGCUGGGAUGUAGCAGAUUAUAUUGUUCCACCACUAGAAAAUAAUGCUUUGUUUGUGAUUACCAACAUAAUUAAAACUGAAAGACAGUCUCUUUCCAAAUGCGCGGAGAGUCCUUCGGUAAAGGCAGCAGAUUGUCGUACAGAUGCUGAUUGUCAGCCGUACUAUAUUACACAUCUUGGAAAUGGAGCCCACACAGGAAAGUGUAUCGUUGAGCCGGGAAGUGAUAAAGGAUCAUGUGAAAUAUACUCUUGGUGUCCUUUAGAAAAUGAUACCUUACCACUUGGUAAAGGAUCAUACUUAUUUCCAAUGGUCUAUAAUUAUACACUGCUUAUUAAAAAUGAUAUAAAUUUUGAGAAAUUUGGUAUUCAUCGACGAAAUAUUCAAAAUUGGGCAUCGAAAAAAUUCCUUCGUACAUGCUUAUAUAAUAAAACUGAUCCAGAGAAUCGUUUCUGUCCAAUAUUUCAAUUUGCUACUAUAUUUCAAGAGGCCAAUGUAGAUGAAUCAAUAUUUAUUAAAGGUGGUGUAAUUGGCAUUGAUAUCAAUUGGAAAUGCGAUCUAGAUUGGGAUGUUCAAUACUGUAAUCCAACCUAUUCAUUUCGACGACUAGAUGAUGCACAUGCGAAAAUUGCCUCUGGAUUUAACUUUCGAUUUGCAAAUUUCUACAGUGAAAAUGGUACAAACUAUCGAGAUCUGAUUAAAGCUUAUGGUAUACGAUUUGUUAUCCAUGUAAGCGGAGAGGCAGGAAAAUUUCAUUUCCUCCCACUAACGAUGAAUAUUGGCUCAGGUUUGGCUUUGUUAGGUCUGGCGCCAACAGUAUGUGACAUUAUAGCUUUAAAUUUAUUACGAUCAAGAGAUAUUUAUCAACGUGCAAAAUUUGAAACUAUCGCUGAAGAACAAGAACACUUGUCUAGUCGACGAGCAAGUAAAGCUCAACGGAAAAAGCAUACAACAUCAACAGCACCAGCAGUCAAAUCAACUAGUGUAAGUAGAAAUGAAACUUCAGAUGAAAAUGGUAAAAUUGUUCAAUGGAAAGAUGAUGUAAAUUUCAAUGAAAAUGACACGCAAAUUGUGCAUACAUCAUAAUUGUAAAAAAAGUAAAGAGGAUUAUAUCAUGUAGUUGACAUGUAGUUGAUUGACACGAAGAGAAAAAGUGCCGGAGGGGAGGGAAAGCUGAGUCAAACCUUAUAGAAUGCAUAAACUACUUCUUUUCUAUAUAUAUACACACACAUAAAUAAUCACUUAAAUUGCUAAGGUUAAAUUCAUCUUCAGCAUAAACAAGCAUGCAUCAAAGGUGUAUUGAGAUAUUCAAACUUCUUUUAUCUACAAGCUAAACUAUAACAUUCUGUGUUGUAUUUCUUUCUUAUUUUUCAACACAAUUGUCAUAAUUUCAGAGGAAUUAAACAAGUCUACUUGUAGUAAGCUCACCUUCUUUAAUCUUUAGUCAUUAAAGCCUCUAUUUCUAGGAUUACACUAAAGAAUUAAACAUAUAAUUCUAUGUAUUUAAUACACUUUUUGUUGUUGUGAGUCUCUUCUAUGCACACUAUCAUUAUCCGUAUGUCAUCAACAUGACUCAGAAAUAUUCUGUUCUUUAUCAACGUCUAGUGAUUAUCUCUCCUAGUUUCAUUCCUAACUGAAUGAAUGUAUAUCUUAAAAAUUGCAUCUACUAUGAGAUCUUCUUAGUCAACAUUGUCUUAUAAAUUUCUACAAUUAUGAAAUCUCUUAUAACCAAAUCAGUCUGCCAGAAAAAAAAGAGAAAAAACUUGUCCAUUUUCCAGACUUGAUUCAAUUUCGAAGAAAUCGAUUACUGCGUCAAAGAAAACAAACUGUGAAAACUAUACCAAUCUUUUCUUUUUGUUUGUAAAAAUGUUUAUUAAAAUAUUCAUUCAUAUUUCUAAAAUGUGGUGAUGUGAUAGACGGGGAAUCCUUUUUAAAGCAAUCUAUGAUUUAUUCUGUUUGUUAAUGAGAAUUAUUCAACUAUUUCAUUGUCUUUUAAAGUAUUACAUUGUUAUAUCUUAUACGGUGGAAGUUUUUCUUGUCUUUAAUGUCUUCA